AUGGCUAGUAAAGGCAAAGAAUCCGCGACUGGCAAGGAGGUUGCUCCUUCCAACCCCCGAGGCAUCCCGUAUGCACCGUUCGUCGACAAGGUCGAGGACUAUGUGGCGACGCAUGCGGAUGUUGAGCCAACGCUACGAAAUUUCCAGGAAAUGAUUGCGAAAUACCAGUUCAUGGAACAGAAUCUGCAGCGGCGUGUCGCUAGCUUGAAAGACAAGCUGCCCGACAUCCAGAAGACUUUGGACACAGUCCGAUUUUUGGAGCUGAGGAAGAACGAACCCGAGCCCAUAGAGACAACAUUCGAACUCAACGAUACGCUCUACGCAAAGGCAGAGAUACCGCCGACAGAUGAAGUCUACAUAUGGCUCGGGGCCAACGUAAUGUUGUCAUAUCCCAUUAAUGAAGCCGAGGAGCUUCUAAGCUCUAAGCUCCAAGCUGCGACUACAAGUCUAUCAAAUUGCGAAGAAGAUCUUGACUUCCUGAGAGAACAGAUUACAACCAUGGAGGUGGCGAUUGCGAGGGUGUAUAACUGGGAUGUCGUGCAGAAGCGCAAGGAGAAAGACGAAGGGGAAAAGGUGGCGGACACACGGAAAGGUAAAGGUACGGAUGGUACGGAUGCACCACCAGGUUGA